CGUAGUAAAGGGGGCAAGUUGCCCCAGAAAGUAUGCUAUAGUACGAGCGAUUCCUUGGGAUUUCCCUUUCUCUGCUACUGGUACUCCCACACUAAGCCGCACCGCACACUGCCACCCACUGUUCCCAAACACCACCCACCUCCCACUCGGCAGCCUGUUGCGUGGGCUCCUGCGUCUAACAGCUCAUUGGCAGAUGGAUGGCUUCGGUUUUGUUCGGGUUUCUUCGUGCUGGAGGCUCUGCAGUCGGCAGUACCGUUCGUAUUGGCUAUCCCGUUAUCUCUGCGGCGGACUAACGGUGAGUGUGCGGUGCGUACCGUUCUUCUAAGCUAUAAAAGCCGCUGGCCGACCGCACUUUGUUGGCAAUUCGAAGAGCGUUGGCACCUGACUCUGAUCAACAAGUGGCAAGCGGAAAGUAGAGCGUCCUGCAACUCACUCGGUGAAGUGUUCGGUUUCUGAAAAGUUCUCUAAAAGUUCCCAAAAGAAAAUUUCGAAAGAAAAUUAUAACUGACGUCGGACAAUUUGCGUGCAGCUUGCGAAAUAAAAUUUAUUGAAAAAUGUGGUACAGCAAGUGCAGUUGGACUUUGGUAGUGUUGGUGGCGCUCUUUGCUCUUGUGACAGGUUCCUGCCUGGAAUACGGACAUUCCUGUUGGGGAGCUCAUGGCAAGCGAUCCGGUGGGAAGGCGGUCGUAGAUGCUAAACAGCCCUUACCAGGUUCAUAUGCGUUGGAUAGCGUGGUGGAACAACUAUACAACAACAACAACCAGAACAACAACAACAACCAGAACAACCAGGAUGAUAACAAUAACAGUGACGACGACAGCAAUGACAUCACGAUCACGAAUAGUGCCAACAACUUGCCCUUGGCAGCUCCUGCCAUUCUAAAGUCGGAGGAUCGGCGAAUCGGUGGCCUGAAGUGGGCGCAGCUGAUGCGGCAGCACCGCUACCAAUUGCGCCAGUUGCAGGAUCAGCAGCCGCAGCAGCAGCAGGGGCGUGGCAGGGGCAGGGGCAGGCAGUACGAUGCGGCAGCCGAGAGUUGGCGGAAGUUGCAGCAGGCACUGCAGGCUCAGAUCGAUGCCGACAAUGAGAACUCGGGCUACGAGCUCACGAAGUGAACUUUGCGAGCCCAAUUGCCAAAUUGAAAUUAUGCAGAUAACACGCUAGCUGAGCCAGAAGAUCAAAUGGAAAAGCGAAAUGAAAAGAUAUUUAACACACGCGAUCAUUGCAUGCCGGGCAUCAAUUAAAAAAAAAAACAAAUUUAAAUCAAUUACAGCAGUCGGAUGAAGAGAUCGGAGCAGGCACUAAAAAUGUAGAAUUCGUUGUGGUUUUUUAUUAUUAAACUUACUGAGCCGAUCAGUGGAAUCCUUUUUGGCCAUAUUGCGUCACUGGCUGGAUGCCGCAAUAAUGGCCUGCUUCGUUUUCGUUCACUUAACCGUACUUAAUCCCUAACUAACUAAGCAUAUGCAGAUACGAUCUUAAGAAUUACCACUAAUAAAAGCUAACAUUGAGUGCA